AUGAAAGCAGCUGGAAAAGGUGGAUCAAUCAUUCACGCCGCUUCAGUUGUUGCUCACUACGGAAACUUCGGACAAACAAAUUACUCUGCAACUAAAGCAGGUGUUAUUGCUAUGGCAAAAACGAUGGCAAAAGAACUUGGUAAAGAUAAAAUCAGAGUCAACGCUGUUGCUCCAGGGUUUAUCGCUACACCGAUGGUUAAGAAAAUGCCUGAGAAAGUUCUAGGGAUGAUGGAAGAAAAAGCAUCUCUAAGAAGAUUAGGUGAGCCAGCUGAUAUCGCGGCAGCUUACGCUUUCUUAGCUAGUGAUGAUGCCUCAUACAUCACUGGAACAUGUCUAAACGUAGAUGGUGGUACAAUAUUA